CCAGACUUCCUCGACGAUGGCGACUGUGGAGAAUGACGAAAACACCCUCGGUAAACCGCCCAACCCGGAGCCCCCUGCCGUUUCUUCUCCGGCGGAGCCGAAGCCGCUGUCGAAAAACGCCCAGAAGAAGCUUCUGAAACAGAAGAGGUACGAGGCGAAGAAAGCUGAGAAAAAGGCGCAGGCGAAGGAGCUGAAGAAGCAGGAGGUGGAGAGGAAGCGGAAGGAAUGGCAGGAAACCCUAACGAAUGCUACGGAGGAGGAGAAGUUAAAGCUCAUAGAGUCGAGGCAGAAUCUUCGGAGAGAGAGAAUGGAGAAGAGAUCGGAGGACAGGGAGAGGAAGAUCGAGCGGCUGACACAGGCCAAGGAGACCGGCCAAAACGUGGUCGUAGAUCUUGAGUUUGCCCACCUCAUGUCCGACUCCGAGAUUCACAGCCUCGUUCAACAGAUUAUGUAUUGUUACGCGAUGAAUGGAAGGAGUGCAUGCCCUUGUCAUCUAUGGCUGACAGGGUGCAGAGGACAAAUAGACACUCGUUUGCAGAAGCUACCAGGUUUUGAUAAGUGGAUGAUUGAGAAGGAAGAUCGAUCUUACGUCGAGGUCAUGGCAGAUCAGAAAGAGAAUCUGGUGUACCUUACAGCCGAUUCUGAGACGAUUUUGGAUGAACUUGACCCAAAGAAAAUCUACAUAGUUGGAGGCUUAGUGGAUCGAAACCGGUUCAAAGGGAUAACGAUGCAGAAAGCUCAAGAACAGGGCAUCGAAACUGCUAAACUUCCGAUCGCGGACUAUUUGAAAAUGUCGAGCUCUCAGGUCCUCACUGUGAACCAAGUUGUUGAGAUACUCAUGAAGUUUCUAGAAACCAAGGACUGGAAAACUUCGUUCUUUGCGGUGAUUCCACAAAGAAAAAGAUGUGAAUCGGAUGCCGAAGAAGGUUCAAAACGUGAACUUGACUGUGAAGAACAUAGGGGGAAGGAAGGUACUGACAAUGAAUGCGGGGAGAAAUAUGAACCUCCAGAGAGCAAAAAGGUAUGCAUUGAAGUUCCUCCUGAGCGAAGCUAGACAGAGUCAUUCAUUCAUGAGAUCGCAUCUACUUGUCCUUUGUACUGACUGACCUUCUGGAUAUGAGAAAUGAAGGUCUCCAAGUUAGUACUCUUUAUGUUAUUCUCUUUGCAUUGCCAAUUUCACCGUCAGUUCCUACUA